GCCAACGCGAGCGAAGCCUGCGUAAUCUAAAACGUAUCCCUGCCCUGUCUUGUGCCGCUCCAGAUCUAGCACGCCAACCCGCGUAACCUAUAGGUUGGGUAUUGUUGUAGUUUUUUUUUGUACAAAAGUACAAUUACCCUUCAGCCAGCCAGCCAACCAACCGCUCGCGCGCCCAGCCAUGCAGAAGGAGAACCCAGAUCCAGGCUACUAUGCAGCGAUCAGUGGGAUGGAACGGCGGCUAGACCACGAGGGUCCCGCACAAGCUAGCGCCAGCGGUCAUCCUACUACCGCCGGCACCGCAUCCAGAGAGGCGGUGACGAUUACAGGGGGAAGCGAGGUCUGCCACCACCACCAACCCUCUGGCUCUAGCUCUAGCCAUGGCCCUGGCCCUGGCCCUGACGCCUCCGUCGCUUCGCAUCCCGCGGUUACGGUUGCAGGAGUUUCUUCAGCACCUACCAUUCAGACCCAGGCUAGCAAUAGUAGCGCCUGCCCUAAUUCUGGCGUUGGUAAUGCUGCCCCUAUUACCACUACUGUUACUGCCGCCGAGUCCUACGAGCAGCAGCACGUGCACAGCGUCUACGAGACUAUCGCUUCACACUUCUCCUCGACGCGGUACAAGCCCUGGCCCUUCGUCGCUUCGUUCCUCAAUUCUUUAGCCCCGGGGUCCGUCGGCCUGGACGUCGGCUGCGGCAAUGGCAAGUAUCUCGACGUGAACCGGGACUUAGUCAUCUUCGGUUCAGACCGUAGUGCGAACCUGGCCCGGCUUGCGCGCGAUCUUAAAAUCCUGGGGAAGAGCGAAGACGGGAAGGAUAAGGAGAAGGUAAGUGCGGCUACGGGUGUCGAUGUAGUAGGUGUUGCCGACGGCUUGGACCUCCCCUUCGGCGGCAGCAGGCGUGUAGAUUUCGCGAUAUGUAUCGCCGUCAUCCACCACCUAUCUACGCGGGAGCGGCGUAUCGAAGGUGUGCGCGCACUACUCGAUUGCGUUACCCCGCGGACCGGCAAGGUGCUGGUCUACGUCUGGGCGCUCGAACAAGGGAGCAGCCGACGGGGAUGGGAUGAGGGGACCGCGGAUCAGGACCAGCUAGUGCCGUGGGUUCUGAAGGCUAACAAGCCUAAGAAAGCGAAGAAGGACGGGGCUCACAAAAAGGGGGGAGGUGGUGAAAGCACCGAAAACGGGGAACCGGGGCCGGCAGAGGCCACGUAUCAGCGGUAUUACCACCUGUAUAGAAGAGGAGAGUUGGAGGAAGAUGUCGAGGCCGCGGGCGGUGAGAUCCUGGGUAGUGGGUACGAAAAGGACAACUGGUGGGUUAUAGCAAGUCCCAAAGAAGGAAAAGACACGAUUUCACCCUCUAUACUAUCUCGAUAACAAUAUUAAAAAUAAUAUUACAACGGCG